AUGGACAGAGAAAGGGAUAUCCUGGAUCUUUACUCCACGGAUUAUGAGCCAGUUUGGGCUGCGGGGGUAGAAUUCCCCGGCGUUAUUCCCGAGAGUAUAUCAGAGUACCUCUAUGAAGGAAUAGAGCGGUUUACCUUGUUUAUUGGCCCAGUGUCAAGCCUCUUUUGGCUUGCGGGGGUAGAAGAGCUAUCAGAGCUCAUUGGAGACCCUGCCUAUAUUCUCACAGAUGAGUACCGCUCCAUACCGCAGGGGGCUCCGUGUCGCUGGAUUGUCCAGAUGCUGUAUGAAGAAGGAAAGAUCCCGGCAACCAUCAUGGCAAAAGUCUGUGGCGAUAAUGUCCAAAAACACAACUUUACGGUUACUCAAGCCAGCUCUAUACCCUCCAAUGUCACAUCCACUCCUACUCAAAAGAGUAUUCUGGACGUCUUUCCCUUUGCGCGGCAGCAAUCCUUUCCGUCAACCGUUUCUUGUGUCAAGACAAGACUAAAAGGAACGAAGAACGCACACAGUAACUGUGUUGAUUUGAUGAAUAAUUUCAUUAAUUCACUUGGCGGCAAUCUUCUUUUUAAGGGUUUAUCCCGCCGGGCAGUGGCUAGCCUAGGCGCAUUCUUUAUACCCCUCACCUCUUCAAACACUUUUGACGACGAACUUGGACCUGGUUUCUACACUACCCCCUCGGUUAACUAUGCCUUGGAAUACGCCGGCCUAGAUGGCGUAAUUUUGAUUUUCAAAGAUGUUGACUUCCGGCCUUUGGUUAAGGUAGAUUUGGCUGCCCAGGACUGGCAAGCCACAGUAGACUUUUGGACUGGGACGACAGUUUCUAAUGUUUGGGAGCGUGUACCGGCAACUUGGAAUCGACCUGAUAUCCUGGAAGGGCCAAUUUCGUCCACAGAUCUGCAUUCCAGACGGAGAGUUCCGGGAUCAGAAUCACAGGUUGUGGGAGUUAGCCAUGCAGGCUUGGAAGCAUUUGCAGCUGCUUUGCACAUGGUCAUCUGGCUAGAAAGUCCGCACUGA